AUGUCUUCAUCCAAAAACUUCAAAUUCACCAAGAAGCGUGUUGCCGAGUCAGUCAGGUGUCCUACCGAUGUAGUCAAGGAGACUCUUUUUUUCUCGGACAAGUCGGUCGUUGUGACUGGUAAUGGUGAUAGUGGAUAUGGAGACAAGGAUGAUUUCUACAGUGAUGAUGUCGAUGAAAUCAAACCCAUGCUUCCUGUCCUGUCCAAAACGAACGGGCAAAGGACAUCGUUAGACAGAAACCAAGAAGUCUGGACAUACUAUUGA